AUGCAGCGGUUCUUGACGAGAGCGGGCAAGGCGCGCGGCUCCCGCUACAACCAGCUCGCCGGCGGAGCUGGGGUUCCGAGGGCCCCCAAUUCGUGGCCCGUCAACGCACGCAACGCUUUCACGACCCUGUAUACGAGCGUGCUCGCCACCGCGGCGGUGGUCGACGCGAAGAGGAAAGAUGACAGGGCCAAGCUCCUCGACUCGGAGAUUGACCAGGCCAAGGAGGCCGUCGCGAGGCUGAGGCUCGAGAACGCCGAGGCAGAGGCGAGACUAUUUCCCGAGAUAUUUGGGGCUACGAUACAAGCAGAUGGGGGAUCCAGGUCAUUGGGCCGCCACAAGCCCCGGCCGACGCGGACGACGCCGAGACUAUCGGCGGAUCCGACCUCGACGAAAAUGGGGGUGUACGAGGCUCAGAUAUGGGAGUGGAUGGGAGGACAGUGCUGGGACGUUUUCCACCCGCAAAACUACAAGCGGACCCUCGUCAAGCUCAAUACGACCGAUCAUCAAUCGAUACAAGACUGGCUUGACGCUACGGCGUCCAGCGACAGGGAGGAUAAGCUGAUGACGGUGGCUCGACCCGAGGAGUAUGAAUCGAGCGUCAUGGGGCUCGUCAACACCCUGCUCAUCGAGCAUGAUAGGAUGCGCUGGAAAAAGGCCAAGGAGAGCGAGCCAAAGUCUCCGCUUCGCAUCGCCAUCGACCGGCUGCUCGUCCGGGGUCUACCGAAUAUCUGGUGGGAUAACCGGGACCUCAACGCGCUGCGAUGGGGCCGAACGGAGCUUUCUGCGAGGUUCCGCCGAGACGUUGUCGGCCACGACCGCCUAGGAACGAUUGAGAGGAUAUGCUACAGCCUCCUCACCUCCCUAUACCCCGUUACCAUGCAUUCCUACAAUACCCUCAUCGUUCAAUUAACUAAGGCCGGCCACGGCCGACUCGCCGGUUGCGUCACCAGGGCGCACUUUGCCCACUUUAGAUACCACCACCCACAAUCGGCCGCCGCUGUUCUCUACCACGACAAGGAGGUGUUUAAUCACGCCGGCGUCAGCAGGAAAGUUAACGUCAUCUUCCGACGGCUGGACUCGUACCUCGCACGCGGAGGAUGCCGUCUGCUCGAGGCCAUGGUGGGCGCCUACGCAGGCAUCGGAAACCUCACCGACGCCGUCGUAGUCCUUUGUCACGGCAUCACCCUCGGACUGUGCGUCCGCUCCAAGGAGCUCAUUAAGCUAAUUGGUCAAUGCAUCUGGAACCUCGAUCGUUCGCUCGCGGCCAUGCUCAUCCGCUCCUUUACAGAUAACCAAGAAAUCCUAAAAGCCGUCCUCGAGUCCGACCCCGCCCUAAAACCAGUCCUUCUCCACCAAAUCAAUUAUCUAUUAGACGUUAGCAACCUAUGGCAACAACCGGCCAGCCUAGCCAAGCGGCUGCGGGAGUACAACAUCAACCCGGAGAGAUUUGGCCGGCUCCGCAAGGCGCUGGCCAUCCUUGGUGUUGAGCGUGAGCUGCAACAGGCCUCUCAGAAACUAAGGCAGAUCGAGAAGAGCCUAGGCAUGCAAAGCCAAAGUCCUCUGGCCAUCCCUCAAGACGCAACCUUGGCGCGCCGCAUCGACGAAGCGCUCAAGAUAGCAAACAAGCCCAGUGCCCAUCUCAGGGCGGCUAUGCCUGCGGCGUGGGCACCGCGCAUCUCGCCCAAGGAUGAAGAAGCCGAUAGGUCUUUCGAAGCAGGCUAUGACCCGACACACGAGAUCAUUCACGGGCACCGGCGUGUGUCUCGCAAAGAGACGCCGCGGGUGUGGGAUGCGGAGGACUACAGGGCCGCGCGGAUGGACCUGAGAAUUGUCGCGCUGGCUAAGCAGGUCAAGGUCACGCUAGACAAACAGCGGGCCUUCUCCAGCCUAGUCCACCGGGAGGUGAAGAACUACAAGGAGCUAGAGUGGCAGUACGCAAGGAAGCGCAUGCUACGGCGGCGGCGGAGGGCGCUCAACAGGAUACAGGAGCGCGUGGAGACCCUGCACACCACGUCUGCAGGGGAGUCCAAUAGCAUCGAAGCGGCGAUGUGGGAAAUGGAAGGAGAGGAGAGGCAAAGGCGCCAAGUAGAGAGGGAAAGAUUUCUUGUAGAAGAAGAAAAGUGGAGGCCAGCCGCCGCGGCCGCGAGAAGGAGAAGAGCGGCUGCGGCGGAAGAACCGAGGGCGGAAGAAGCGCUGCUCGCGGCUACUACGUUGCAGAGCGGCGGCCUUGCGCUGCCGCCGCGGCGUGAUGCCGCUCUCUCCAUACCCCAACUCUCGCCCCGCCCCUUGCCGGAACGCCUCGAGGCCUCGGCGUCGUUUCACGCUACGUACGCCGUAGAGCGGGGAUGGCGGCCGCUGGGCGGGCGGGCUAGAUGGGGAGGCGGAGCGUCGAGAGCAAUACACUAG